AUGGUACAGGAGUACGGGUCAAAAGGGCGACCACGCCUCUUAUCCGAAAAUUGCAUCCAACAGAACAAGGACGGCACCAAUGGCAUGGAUUUAUGUAAACACUUCCAAUGUGUAUCCGAAGGAUGGUUAAAACAGAAAAAAGGAAACAGUGGCGCAACUCUAUCAGCAUCUGACUGGACUGAUGUAUGGGACGAAGCAAAGAGGGAACUCACCGAACUUGGCAAAGCCAGAACUGGGAAGAAGGGACAAUUUGAAACCUACUGCACAGACCUGAAGGAAGAUAAGGAAGGAAAGGAGGCUUGCCUCCUUAUAGCAGCAGGAUUAAAAAGUCUCUACAACAUUACUGAUAAUGACCCCGUUAAGGCAUCGUUCCAAAGAACGAUGCGUUGUGUUUUAUUAAGGCAUCGUUCCAAAGAACGAUGCGUUGUGUUUUAUUAA